UCUAAACAUGGCGCUGUUCUACACUAGAUGUUUGCAAGAGUUGCCGAAACUUUCUAUAACGGACGUACAUCGCCUUUGCAAGUCCUCCUCCAAAUCACCUACCAGCAAAUUAGAGAAGGGCUUUAAAAUGUAUGCCGCUUCAUACAUCCACGGAUAUGAAGAUGGUCCUCAGGGACACAGUUCCUGUCAUUAUGGUGCGGUGCAAAUGCUCAUGUGUGGCGGGGACAGCUCUAUGCAACCACACAGUUGCCCUAUUAUUCCAGACAGCUCACUUCUCCCAGCUGGGUGUGCCAGUGGUUCCUCCUGUACACAGCUGUACAGAAUCCGAGCAACAAUGGCACAAACCCCGAACAGCAGGUGUAAAACCAGGUCCAGUUGGGAAAAUGGUGGUUGUUAAGCCUGUGCAGGGUCGGAUGGGUAAAGGAGGAUUACAGAGCACCCUCUACAGAGGAAUGACUGGCCCUCUUCCUGACCUGUCGGUACUUCGUGUGGCCGAGGUGUACAGCGGUCUAGAUCCACUGGAUAUGCCCCUGGUGACAAAAAAGGGCAUGAGCAUUGACAAGCCCCUUGUGGAUUUUGAAUUUGGACUGGUACAGAGGGGAAGUGUAAUCUCCUAUCAACAGCCGAAACUUCAAACACAAUGCACAGAGCUGCAUAAGAAUGCCCCGAGUCCUCCAUGUCUUCCCCUUAUUACUCACCAGCUGUCACCAACAGAGUGUGUGUGCACAGAGGAAGAACAUUUACACAUACAAAGUUUGCAGUUAUCUAUUGAGAUGGCCCAUAAAAUUGAAUUGUCGACAUGGGGUCAGAGCAAAGAUCCAGAGUGGCACGCGUUGCGGCGAAUGAGGAUAACCUCCUCAAGGUUUAGGGAAGUUUCCCAUGUUAGAGGUUACAGUAGUGCUGAGCAUCUUGCAGAGCGAAUUAUUAAAGGCACCAGACAAACUGCGGAAAUGAGAAGAGGUUCAGAUAUGGAGUUUCAGGCAGCAAAAGAAUAUGCCCAGUGCAACAACGUCAAUUACUCCCCUUGUGGACUUGUGGUUCACCCACAGGCCCCAUGGCUAGGGGCCUCGCCGGAUGGCCUUGUUUAUGAUCCCAGUGUUACACCCGCUUACGGUUUGGUUGAAAUAAAAUGUCCAAAUGCUAAGAGUUACAUUGACUGCAAGUACUUACACAUGUCAAAUGGUGCUUUUAAACUAAAGAAAAGCCAUGCCUAUUUUUGGCAAAUACAAGGCCAGCUUUUAAUUACUGGACUUCAGUGGUGUGACCUCUUUGUGUGGGCAGAGGAAGAUUUCUUUGUGCAGCGACUGUACUCAGACAAAGAAGUUCAAGAAACAAUUAAGCAGAAGUGUGAUCAUUUCUACUUCAGCAUCUAUAUGCCGAAGUAUCUCUCAAUGAGACGAUCACAACUGAUUGGCAGGUAAAGAAAUCUGAUUC